AUGGCGACAGAUAAUAGCGAUCAGUCCUCAACUUCAGUUGCCGAAAUUGCUACAAACGGCAAUGUCAUCUUAGUCGUCGGCCCGCACCAAAGAAGGAUACAAGUCUGUUCAUCCGUUCUUAAGAAUGCCUCGAAAUACUUCAACGCUAUGUUCGGACCGCACUUUAGUGAAGGCCAGGACUUAAGAGGGGACAGUCCUAAGGAGAUAUCUAUGCCGGAUGACGAUGCAAACGCCUUGGAGAUUCUCUGCAACAUCCUCCAUCUUCGUAACGAUGUCGUGCCUGAAACCCUGGACCCGAUUAAAGCCUUCGAAAUUGCCGUCACCGCAGAUAAGUUUGACUGCAUCGUGGCUGUAAAAUACGCCAGCAUGCUUUGGCUGAGCCCAAAGGAGGUUCAAGGUAUUAUAGAACUUGGGUAUCUUAUGGCCGCCGCAUACAUACUUGAUAACGCACGGGCUUUCAGUGAGAUUACACUCGCAAUGAUACUUCGCCAUAAGGAUUGCUACCUCCCACUCGCUGAUAAGGACGUUGGUUUGGUUGAUAUUGUCCCAUGGAAGGUUUUCUAUUUCCUAGAAGAGCGAAGAAACCAGAUGCGCACGAAACUGCAGAAGAUAUUACUCGAUGGAGCAAGUGAUGCUGGAACGGAUGAUCACUGCAACUGUAGUUGUGGGUGGUCAAGUCAGCAUGGUUUUGCUUAUAUGAAGCUGCUUCAGAAAGAAGAAUUAGGGCCCUUGCAAACGCUUAGUACUACAAUAUCGGGGGUUCUUGAGAAAUUAGAGAACAUGAACGAUCCGACCAUACCUCGCGGAUGGGUUCCAUGCAGCUAUCGUUGGCAUGGAGAUCCCGGGUAUAGAAGAAGGCGCAAAUCGAGGCUAGAUGAUUUCAAGAAAGGUAAUGGCCUCUGCAUCGACUGCGUUCGGUCAAGCACCACAGCCGCAAAGCAGAUUUGUCGGACCAAGCAUUAG